CAUAUAAUUGGGGCAUCUGAAUUGAGCUCAAAAAAAGUAGAGCCCUGUCUUCACUAGAAAAUUUAAUAAAGUCUAGUCCUUUAACCUAAAUACCAUAGAGAAACAUAGAACCCAUAGAGGCAUAGACCCCUUAUAAAAUCCUCAUCAGUAAUUCAAUCCCACCUCACAGUCCUUCUCUUCCCCUAAACCCUUUUGUGCCCAUACACUUCUUCUGUUAUUUUGAGCUGGUGAAAGAUUCAAACUUUUUUUUUUUGUUAAGUCUGCAAAAGAUUUAAACUUGGUGUGAAAGAUUCAAACUUGUGCAAAAAUGGUGGCCAAGAAAUCUAGAAUUGUGGUCAUUGGAGCAGGAAUGGCUGGUGUUACGGCAGCUAACAAGCUCUACACUUCUGGGUGUGAGGACUUGUUUGAGCUCAUUGUUGUGGAGGGCGGGACUAGAAUUGGAGGCAGAAUAAACACUUCAGAGUUUGGUGGUGACCGGAUUGAGAUGGGUGCUACUUGGAUCCAUGGCAUUGGAGGCAGCCCAGUUCACAAAAUAGCUCAAGAAAUCAAGGCCCUUGAGUCUGAGCAGCCAUGGGAGUGCAUGGACGGGUCCUCAGACGAGCCCAAGACCAUUGCUGAAGGUGGGUUCGAGGUGAGUCCGACUGUGGUGGAUCCCAUUACUACUUUGUUUAAGAAUCUGAUGGAUUAUGCUCAGGGCAAGAAGGUGUUCGAACAAAGUGAUGAACAGGAUUGCAAUGGAGAUGUUGAGUAUAUGAAGCUUGGAGAUGAAGCUUCCGGGGUUUAUUGUGGCAAUGGUGGUGCAGGGAAGCUUAGCGUUGGUUCAUUUCUUCAGAAAGGGCUCGAUGCUUAUUGGGUUUCGAAGAAGAGGAAGGAGGAGGUGAAUGGUUGUGGUGAAUGGAGCAGAGAGUCGCUAGAAGAAGCGGUUUUUGCAAUGCAUGAGAGCACCCAGAGGACUUAUACUUCAGCUGGUGACUUGUUGACUUUGGAUUAUAAUGCAGAAAGCGAGUACAGGAUGUUCCCAGGUGAAGAAAUCACCAUUGCUAAAGGUUACUUGAGCAUAGUUCAAUCACUAGCCUCUGUUCUACCACCUGAUGUGAUCCAAUUAGGCAAAAGGGUCACCAAGGUUGAAUGGAAGGCAGAGUCUACUCAGUUACGUAUGGAUCAAAAUGGCUAUGAGUCAAGGCCUGUGAAGCUACACUUUAGUGAUGGGUCAGUUUUGCUGGCUGAUCAUGUUAUUGUUACUGUUUCUUUGGGGGUACUUAAAGCUGCAACACACCAAAAUUCAGGUAUGUUCAGUCCUCCCUUGCCUUGUUUCAAAGCUGACGCAAUAUCAAGGCUUGGUUUUGGAGUAGUUAACAAGCUGUUUCUGCAACUGAGCUCCACCCAUGUUACAAAAGGCCAAGAUUUCAGCAAGUUCCCAUUUUUACAAAUGGUGUUUCACAGAGAAGACUCAGAGUUCAGGCUCAAGAAGAUUCCAUGGUGGAUGAGGAAGACAGCUUCUCUUUGUCCACUGUAUCACAAUUCCAGUGUACUAUUGUCUUGGUUUGCAGGGAAAGAAGCACUUGAGCUUGAAUCACUCGAAGAUGAAGAGAUCAUCAAUGGAGUCACAGCAACAGUCUCUAGCUUUCUAUCAAAACCCCACAAGAAAGAGAGAGAGAAUUCUCAUUCCCAAUUAGGCAAUGGGCAUGUGAAUCAUGAUGAGGAAAACUCCGAAGUGAAAUUUGCAAAUGUUUUGAAGAGUCAAUGGGGUAGUGAUCCUUUGUUUCUUGGAUCCUACUCUUAUGUUGCUGUUGGAUCAAGUGGUGAGGAUUUGGACACCAUGGCAGAGCCAUUGCCAAAGUUAAGCAGUUCUGAUGAGGCUGCUAGUGCUACUUCACCUCCUUCACUUCAAAUUCUGUUUGCAGGGGAAGCAACACACAGAACCCACUAUUCCACAACCCAUGGAGCUUACUUUAGUGGUCUUAGAGAAGCCAAUAGGCUUCUCCAACAUUACAACCACCAUGUUGGGGUUUAGAAGGACUUAGUAGGACUUUUACUUGUUUAUUUUUGAAGAUUUAUUGCUAUGAUAUUAAUCAUAUAUUGUCAUUUUGAUCAUUUAGAACA